GUUCUUCGAGGUGAGCCCAGCUGACAGUUGCGCCGCCAUGAAGUGUUCUCUGCUCUUCGCUCUUCUGCUGCUGCUGUUGCUGCGCCUUCUGCCUUGUGGCGAGACCCAGAGCACAGCCCCUGCUCCCACCGAAUACCCCUUGAUGCUGAGCGAGACCAAUGGAUCGAUGUGCGCUCAGUGGCUGUAUGGGUCCGAGCCGCCAGUGGUGGAAGCUUUCCAGUGCGCGGUGCAACCCGACGGCGCCGAAGUCAAGUUCUGCUGUGGGACCUGCGAUCAGAUGCGCAAUUGCUCAUUCGACGAGCUCGCCAAGGGCUCCCCAGCGCGCCCCACCGACUGCGGACCACAGCAGUGCCCUACUUCGCCUCCAUUGACCCAGUGGGAGAGGGUGACUUUGUUUACCGGAGGAGUUGCUGCUAGCGUGAUAUUCUACUUGGCCGUUUACCGUACCUACAAGAUAUUCUGGCGUAGAAAGAGAUCCACCCGCGAAGCACAGGAAGGGAUCGAGCUAGAGGUCACCCCUUCUGAGAGAUCCCAUGACUCCUCCGAUCGCUCCAGCACAUUGGCUGCACCGUCGUCUGCUGGUGGAGAGGGUCUUCAGAGUGUCCGUGGCGCUCCUGCUGCUGCAUCUGGCAGCCCACCGAGUGUGCAGCCCCAAGCUAGGGGCUCCGAGAAUGUGACCAUCAUGUGGUAUCCAACAGGAUUUGUCCCACUCCGAAUUGGCCCCCCUUCUGCCUCACAGCCAAACCAGGGCGGCAAAAAAACCCCGGCUAGGUCAGAGAAGAAGUAGGAGACCCUCCUCUAAUUUAAGGGGUUAGGCUCCCCUGCUAAAGCUGAUCACCCACAGCAUGCUUUUUAGAAUCAGGGAAAUUAGCUGAUCCUAUGAGGAGAAUGUCUUGCAAUCUAUUAACUAGAAUGUCACCUAUUAUUAUUCAAUACUAUCAGUCACUGCUUUGUUGUAAUAAAGUGUUUUUAUCAUUAUGUCACGUGCUUUAAGUAUGCAUUGAAUGUGCACUGAGAAGCUUGUUGUGGCUCAGCAUGUUGCAUCGCUGUGUUUGACUUUUCCUAUUGGAGGCUUAUUACCUGAUCUAUAUUGGCACAAGCCGGGGGUAUGUCUUAUGGGAGGGUAUUUUUUUCUUUUGCCAUAUAAUAGUCUCUGAGGUUUCCUUAAUCUUUCAUUGUAUAACCAUUUCUG